GGCUUUAAGCCAGGGUACCCCUUAUAGCCUUAAUCAUUGCUUGUCUUCGGCUGUCUGUUGCUUAGCAAACAGAAUCAACACAGGAGCUCUUUAAAACCUGUUUAAGCACCAACCACAUCGAAAAGUAGGCUGCCGACUUGGCGUUUAUUUCUUUGUGGAACAAAUGCAGUGAAACUUCAACUCCCUCGGCACGGCCACGUAAAUUAAAAUACUGACGAAUUAAACUGACAUCACUGAUCAGGCGCUGCCUUGCUUAAAGAAGAAAUGACAUCUUCAGCACCCCGGUCUAGCUACGGAAAAGAGGUAUUCAAAAAACGGUGGUUUGACACCGAAGACUGGGAGCUUCUUCAGAGACCCUUGGACCCGUACGAGUUUGAGAGGAUUCGGAGGGUUGCCAGAUCGUCGUGGGAAGCUGACACCCGAAAACGGCUAGAGAGUUUUACUACCUAUAGGGGACAGCAUUGCACCAAAACACUGGACGAGCCAACGCAGUGCAGGGUCAGGCCGAGCUCUCCAACUCGCAUGGAGAAGCCCCAUCCGUCGGAAGUUUUUUUAGUGACCAAGCUACAUACUGUUUCGGGAUACUUUAAUUCUGUGGACCACCAUGCUGUUGGGAAUGCCAGAGGAGGAAGUAAUAGUUAUACCGAACCAAGUACCAGCUUCAGAAGCCCUCUAAAAAAACAGCGAGACGGAAACGGAGAGGUACUUGAGAUGGUGUUCUGCAGCUCACAGCUGGCUCAGGCAGCUAGGGCCUGGAUGAAUCUUGCUCCAGAAGCUGAGAGCAAAGCUGUCCAGGAUUUGGCUGUGAGCAUGUUUCAGGAGCGUGGGAGCUCACUAAAAGAAGGCUCUCCUGCACACAGCUACAUCAGCCAGGCCAUGUCCAAACACAUCAGACCAGAGUGCAUUGUGCCAAUGAACCAGUGGCUCAGGAGGGCAGGGAAAGAAGAAACUGCGGCUGUGGCGAGCCUGUUAAAAACCCUGUCCACAGACCCUCAGAGAGCACAGCGGAGGGGCCCGGGCCAGCGCGAGGCACUGGGACACAGAGCCUCCGACUUCCAGAUCCACCCAGAAUGGGUGACUCAGCCCUGGCACAGUCAGUACCGGCACUCACAGGAAAGUGUGGGGAAACACGUCAAUCAGCAACCAUGAAGCAUCCUUUUUUUAGCAGCUGCAUAAAGGCUGAGACAAGACAGCUGAUUUAGUGUAUGUGACAAGACUUCAGGACUAAGAUGUAUUUAGAAAUGAUUGCUCUCUGUGGACAUUAUGAUUUGUAAAAGUAAAAGAUGUGCCAGAAAAAUCAGGCAGAUUUCCAUCUAAAUCACUUCAGUCAAAUCCCAGGGUCCUUGUCUAUAAGUUUUGAUCUUAUUCCUUAUCUGGAUCUGUUUAAUUCAGAUGAAAAAUACUUUGUUGGUGUGGACAGCGCGUCUGAGGUAAUGAAAACUACAAUGUUUACAAUGAUUUAAUCAAACCAAGCUCUUAACAAACCUGUUAAUGUCUGUGAGCUAUGUGGACACUAAAAGCUAGUUAUGGCCUCUUGGAGGAAAAUGGACCUCACACCCUUUCAUACGUAAUUCAAAUGACUAGCUUGUGAAAAGUAGUGUUUAAACCGUGCUUGUGGUCUCACUGACUGGUGAUGGACUGUUAUUUAGCUGAUUAGUCUAAUUGAACCUCAUUGUAAUGAAAAGCUCAUUAAAAAUACUAAUUAAUAGGAAGCCCUGGGAAAGCUUUUGGGUGGGAUAUGUGUGAAACUUCCAUAUAUACAGCUGAGCAUCUCUACCUUCUCAAAAGGCAGAUCCAGGUAGGAGUGCAUUAUUUCGUAUGCCCUUCCCACCAAACCCAACCAAAAGACGGACAGCAAAUGGAUAUUGUGUUCUAUGCAUCUUUGAAAAAACCCCAUUGGUAAAGGGGUGUUCCUAUUUUGCCUAACAUACCUAUUAAGAGACCACAUUAACUUGCACAGCUGCAAAUGAAGAAGACUGUCCAAGUAGUGCUGCUAGAAAAACUGUCCCAGUAGUGCUGUUAGAAAAGCAUUUUGGCACUGCACUUUAAGUGGCAUGGAGGUAUUGACCUCUUUAAUCCUUUUAUUAUAAUAUAACAAUGUGGCAGUAUCCUGUGGAAGUUCCAUCUUUAAAAAAAAAUAAGUUGUUUAUUCAACAAUAAAACAAUAAAAAAAUAUUACAGCCAAACAGACUUCAGGUAGGAGUCUGGGAAAGAUCUGAAACACUAUUUACUGCAGGGGAGCCAUAGUCCAAGGUGGUCUUUAGCUCUAGUUAACAGUGAAGAACAUGUCUUUUAACACCUGCAAACAACUAAAGUGGUUUUGCUGUCAUUACUCCAUUUGGGUGAGUAAGAACAAGUAGCAAUAAAAAAAAUAAUUUGUCAUAUAACCCAAUUUUAUACAUCUUCUAAGGCUCUAAUUAUUAAUUUUGUUGUAGUCUUAGAACUUCACUUGUUGCAUACUUAAUACUUCGGUCUUACAACAGAAGUAGUAUUUAACACCAAAAUAUAACAGUAUUAUCACCUCCAUAAAGGACAAAACAUGUCUUAAAGGGUCUAUCAAUGUAAUGUCAAACACAAAAUAAAUCACACUGAAAACACUGAAGAAUGCUCCCUUAAGGUACAAUCUUGAAACAUUGAGGAAAUGAAAUUAACAUAUUACAAUACCAAAAAUGGAUAAAGAAGACAAAACAAGAACAAUAUCUGGAGUAAGCUUUACUUCCAAAUCCUGUUACAAUGAGAACUGGCAAUUGAACAUAAAAUAAUGCAAAAAAAAAAACCCAAACAGAACAAAAAAAUACAAAAUGAACUAAUUACCAGUUAUUGUCACAAACAACCCUGUACAGCCUUAAAGAUGAAGUAAUAAAAAAGCUUUAUACAGUACAUAACAUUUUACUGUGCCGAAAGAAAAUACUAAAGUAUUAUUGAGCUUCUUUGAGAAGUAAAUACAGCAAACUUAAAGCAAAACAGAAAAGAGUGCAGAGAAAUAACAGCAUGAUUAAAUGGAAUCCAAAAAAAGUUUGUUUUUAAGAAACAAAAGUAAGUGCUAAGAACUAGAGUUUGCAAUAUCAUGCAUCUUCCCAAGUGCUAAAGGUAGUCACGCAAUAACUUUAAAUCACUGUGCUGCUUACACAUAGCCAAAUAAUAGCUGAAACAAGUGCUUAGAAAUACUGGUAUAGAAAGGACAGCCUGAUCACUGUCAGUUUUUUCCAUUGAACACUGCAUGAAAGUGCAGCCAUUUUAGAUAAAUUCAAAGGCAGACAAAAAGUGUCAGCAGACACGUUUUUUCAGAGUUGACACUGAAAAUCAGUUUUACUCAUUCUCAGCUAUCUCAGACUGUUCCCUUCCACCAAGUGGCACUAGAGUAUAAAAGAUAAUGUAAAUUUGAAGGGAGUUCUUAACUUGACUGUUCAAGAGCACCCCAUAUUGAAAUAAUGUAGCACCAGGACUGCAUGCUGUACAUACACAUAGCAAAAUUGCAGGGGGAGCAAAGGCACACUGCCUUCCCCCUGCUUCCAGAACCAAACAAACUCAUUCCUCAGCGCGCAGCCCAAUUUUUUUUUCAAUUUUCUUUUGGUCUUUAAAACCUGCCUUUUUAAAAGUUAGCUUUGUUUUCCAUUACAAAAACAAAAUAAUAAAAAAACAAGACACAAAAAACUGGUGCGAAUUCAAAAUCCCUUUGCAAACAGUAAAUCGUUUUGGCUUAAAGACCACUUAGGAAACAUGAGUGCCAUAGGUAGGAACUUCCUCUCACCUAUGAGGGUAAAUCAUUGAGUUUUGCCUCUUUCCUUUUUGUAUACAGAGAUAAUGCCAAAUCUCAGCCAGGUAUACUUUGUUUUUCUAAAUGACAAAUAUAAAAUAGUGCAAGACUAAAGCACUGUGCAAAACUGCCUUUUUUCAUUUAGCCUGAGCACCUUUGCCCAGGAGUUUGACCUCUAACAUCUAUUUAUCAAAUAACCAAAGAAGAGAGGACUUUCUGUACAUAACAUUGUAUUUCUCCAUUCCUUAGAGGGUUUAACACAUGGAAACCACUGCACCACCAGAAAUGUGCAUCUAAAAAAAAA